UGAAAGGGCAGCUAGGAACUUGUGGGGUCCGGGGACGCAUGCGCAUUGCUAAACACAAGGCGUUAGCAGAGCAGUAGCCGCACAAGUCUUCAGUAAAUAAGAAAAACGGACGUUUAGUGCAAAACAUUUAUUGUGAAAUGUUUCGCAGAAAACUGACUGCGCUAGAUUAUCACGACCCCAACGGAUUUGAGUGUUCAGAUGAAACCCAGUUCAGGAAUUGUAUCGUGUGGCUGGAGGACCAGAAGAUCCGACACUAUAAGAUCGAGGACAGAGGCAACCUGAGGAACAUCCCUAGCUUAGACUGGCCCAAAGCCUUUGAGAAGUACCUGCAGGAUCUGAACUGUCCCUUUGGGGUUCAGGAGAAGAAAGAGGCUCUGGACUGGUUGCUGGGCCUGGCUGUACGCUAUGAAUAUGGAGACAAUGUUGAAAAGUAUAGGGACUGCCCGACGCUGGCCACGUCCGCCAACAGCGAUAAGGCCGUGGAUCCCCUCAUCAACCUUGACAGUAAUUCUCCAGAUUUUAAAGCAGGAGUUACAGCAUUAGCAAACAUCCUCAAGAUACAACGGCAUGACGAUUACCUGAUCAUGCUAAAGGCCAUCCGUAUUCUAAUCCAGGAGAGACUUUCACCAGAGGCCAUUGCUAAAGCCAACCAGAACAGAGAGGGUGUUCCGGUCGCUUUGGGCAAGCACGUUCUAGGUUUCGACACCGGAGACGCAACCCUGAACGAAGCAGCCCAGAUCUUGCGCCUGCUGCACAUCGAGGAGCUGCGGGAGCUGCAGACGAAGAUCAAUGAGGCCAUUGUUGCCGUUCAGGCCAUCAUAGCUGACCCCAAGACGGACCACCGGCUGGGCAAGGUCGGCAGAUGAGAGGGGAGGUCGAAGAAAGGUGCUGGAGGGAGCAGAGGACUGAGCUGCAGGAGUUUUCAAGUUAAUUUGCUGAGAAAAAGGCCUUUUUUUUUUGAGACGUCUGAAGGACAUGAAUAAGUUUGUUGUUUUCAGUUGUUGCAUGAGAUGGGCCGAUUCGGAUGAACUAUGAGCAAAGGUCCAAGUUUGAGAUGCAAACAUUAAAUUUCUUACAGAAGGGAGGAAAAACCUGUAGAAAAAACUAUUGUAGUUCAGGAAAAAUAAUGAAUUUCCUCAAAGAUUGAGGAUUCUGUUGAACUCUUCAAAGCUGUCCUGUUAUCUCUUGUUCUGACAUAUUUGUUCAUUUUUAUUUUGUUUCUGUAGAUGGAAUAAAGGUUAAUUUUCAGACGAUGAAAAUCA